AAAUAAAUUUCAUUUUUUGUUAAUUCAAUAUUAAUUUGUGCAAAAUAAAUUAGUCUUUGGAACAAUGUUAAACCCUCCCGCCAUAUUUAUAAAGCCCAAACCAGGCGACCAGUCUUCCUCUCUCAGUUGUCUUAUCAUUUUUGUCACUGAUGGAUCAACAAGCACUGCACAACACCCAUGUCAAGCUCCUAGGUUUCGAUCUCCUGUCUCUAACUCCCUCCCCCAACAACUCAUCCACUUUCUAUCUCAAAGGUAACCCAAUCUCACGCGCCGAAAUCCUGGGUGUAAUCACUUCUCGGGACCAGAAACCCAACAAGUUUCUCAAGUUCACGCUUGACGAUGGCACCGCCAAUGUCACUUGCGUCCUCUGGCUCAACCACCUCACCUCCCCUUACUUCUCAUCCCGCCAACCGACGACGGUUCGAGUUAUUUCCGAGGCGGCGAAACGUUUCGCCUCCGAUGUCCAGGUUGGGAAAGUCGCCAGAGUGCGGGGCAGGAUCACCAGCUAUAGAGGAAAGCUGCAGGUCACCGUUUCUGAUGUUGUGAUUGAAAGGGACCCCAACGCCGAGAUUUUGCAUUGGCUGGAUUGCCUCAGCUUGGCUCGCCGCCGCUACGGCGGAUAGUUUGGGCAUAAACGGAAAAGUAAUUAUAAUUGUAUUUCUAAAGAAUUUCAGAAAAUUUUUGGGUUUGGACA